AAACUAGACGACGACGCAGACCACAAUAAGCACCACGUCGUCACUCCCUCACCUUGUCCCAUUGAUCUAUCCACAUCUUUUUGCGUGCUUCGUUCGUAUCCACUACCUCGUUAUCAUCUUCGCAGUGAACUCAGUAAGGAAAGGAAGAAUUUUCGAAGGCAUCAUCGUCAUCAUGAGUACUACAUCCGAGCUCGUGUUCGUCCCAUGUCCGGGCGCCGGCCACCUUGCUUCGAUGGUGGAAAUGGCCAAGCUCCUCGUCGACCGCGACAAUCGGCUCUCCGUCACCAUCCUUAUCGUGAAGUUCCCCUUCGACUCCGAGAUCGAUUCUCACAUCGAGUCGCUCGUCGCCUCCGUCGCUGCCCGCAUCCGCUUCGUCCUCCUCCCUCGACGAAACCUGUCCCCGAGGACGUCCCCACUGGCCUUCAUCCAUCACCUCAUGGAGAGCCACAAAUCUGACGUCCAAGAAGCCGUCGCCAAGAUCUCUGCCUGCGGCUCGCCGCGGCUCGCAGGGCUCGUCGUUGACAUGUUUUGCACCUCGAUGAUCGACGUGGCCGUCGAGUUCGAUGUCCCUUCAUACAUGUUCUUCACGUCGGGCGCGGCGUUCCUCGGAAUCAUGCUGCACCUCCAGUCUCUCCAAGACGAGCAACACAUGGACCUGACCAGGCUCAAGGGCUCUGACACCGAGUUGGACUUCCCGUGCUUUGCUAACCCGCUGCCCGCCGCCAAGUUCUUGCCCUUGGAAGUGUUUAUGGAAGAAGAUUGCCAGCUAUUAUUGCGUUGCGCACAGAGGUUUAGGGAAACCAAGGGAAUUUUGGUAAACACACUUGCCGAGCUGGAACCACGCGCGAUAGAGGCCUUGGCCGGCCUUGGAGCGCCCGCGGUGUACCCCGUGGGCCCCAUACUGAACAUCAAGGUCGAGAGCAAAAAGGGUUUCGAGAUCCUGAACUGGCUCGACCAGCAGCCAGACGGAUCGGUGGUGUUCCUGUGCUUCGGGAGCAAGGGGACUUUCGAAGAGCACCAAGCAAAAGAGAUUGCCCACGCACUGGAGCAGAGCGGGUACCGCUUCCUGUGGUCCCUACGGCGGCCGCCUGCUAAGGGCAAGCUGGAAGCCCCAUGUGACUACGCAGAUCCUGCAGAGGUCCUACCCGAGGGCUUCCUAAACAGGACAGCCGGGGUUGGGCGAGUGAUCGGGUGGGCCCCGCAGGUCGCGGUCCUGGCCCACUCGGCCAUCGGAGGGUUCGUGUCGCACUGCGGGUGGAACUCCACCCUGGAGAGCAUAUGGUUCGGCGUGCCGAUCGCCGCGUGGCCCCAGUACGCGGAGCAACAGUUCAACGCGUUCCAGCUAGUGGUGGAGCUCGGCCUCGCGGCGGAGAUCAAGAUGGAUUAUCGGAGAGAUCUCAGUAAAGGGAGUGACCUCGUCGUGACGGCAGACGAAAUAGAGGGAGGGAUAAGGAAGCUAAUGGAGGGCGAGGAGGCUGGGGAGAGGAGGAAGAAGGUGAAGGAGGUGAGCGAGAAGAGUAGGAAGGCUUUGACGGAGGGUGGCUCUUCUUCCUUGUCUUUGGCUCGCUUCAUCGAGGAUGUCUGGAGUCAAUGAGUCUUCAUUUAGCUGGGAGACGGGUUGGAAGGUAUUCUGAGUACUGUUGGUAUUUUGAUUGUAUGAUUACUUGGAGUGCGUGUGUUUAAGGGUUUCUGUGGCUAUAGGAGUCCAUAAUCCAUGUUGAUUUUUGUCGA